AUGAGCCAGCUUCCUCCGAAGAGUCCUUUGGUAUCCCCGGUGUCAGAGGGCACGAAUUCCAGGGUAGAGUCUUUGGACAACUUGUCAAUGGACAGUUUUUGGCUGGAAGUAGAGAACAUUAAACAGAGCGCCGAAGCCGAACAAGAGGAAUGCAGCCUUGCAGAUGUCAAAACGCAAGAGGAGGGAGAAGCUGAAGCAGAGUGGCUCCAGGACGCGGGUCUGUCCGACCUCCUCGGGGACAGAGCUUCGGAAAAUGAUAACCUCGUGCUGCUCUCCACCCUGACCAAGACCCAGGCUGCAGCCGUGCAGCGACGACUGGACACCUACACCCGCUCCCGGAGGAGGAAGAACAAGCAUCCUGUGCGUGACGUCCGAGACAUUUUUGGAGUGGUUGGCUCAGAGGAGGCAGCAGCAGAGAAAGAGGCGUCCAGCCCAGAUCAGUUGUUGCACAAUCUACGGACUUCAAAUGUACAGAAAUCAGAAACACAGGAUUACUCCUGCACAGUUCGAAACCCUGGAAAAGAGGAGGUGUUCAGCAUGGAUGUUGCCUACUCGGAGCAAGCAGCUGUCCUGCUCAAGGGAUCAUUCCUCUCUGAGUCAAGGAGGUUAAAGGAUGGAAAUGCCCUGACUAAAUUCAAGAUUCCCAAGGGCAGGCUAGGUGUGACCAGGAUUGGAGAUCUCUCUGCUCAGGACAUGAAGAAGAUCCCCACGCUGGCCCUUAUUGAACUAACAGCUCUCUGUGAUAUUCUGGGCUUUGAGCUGAAGAGAAACAAAGCAGCAAAACUGAAAACGACAGAGAAAAGGCUCUUUGGAGUUCCGCUCAACACUCUCUUAGAAAAUGACCAAAAACUACUUCCCAACACCAAGGUCCCUCUGUUACUUCAGGCACUGCUGUCCUGCUUGGAAAAGAGAGGACUUGAAACAGAGGGCAUUUUGAGAGUUUCUGGGUCCCAGACCAGAAUCAAGAGUCUGGAACAGAAGCUAGAAAGAGACUUCUACACUGGCCUGUUCCGCUGGGAUGAAGUCCACCAGAAUGAUGUAUCUGGGCUACUAAAAAGAUUCAUAAGAGAGCUUCCAGCCCCACUGCUGACAGCAGAGUACCUCCCUGCUUUUGCUGCUGUACAAAAUAUCCCAGACUUGAAGCAAAGAUUGCAAGCUCUGAACCUCCUGAUCCUCAUUCUACCAGAGCCCAACAGAAACACUCUGAAGGCUCUACUGGAGUUUCUGAGCAAAGUGGUUGCCAGGGAGAAAAACAACAAAAUGAACCUCUGGAACGUUUCCACAGUCAUGGCCCCAAACCUCUUCAUGCACAAGGGGCUGCCAAACAAGAUCCCCGAAGGGAAGGAGAAACAGCUGGCAGAGGGGGCGGCCGACGUUGUGCGGAUGAUGAUCCAUUACCAGGAUUUGCUCUGGACAGUCUCCUCUUUUCUGGUAGCUCAAGUGAGAAAGCUGAAUGAGAGCAAUAGCAAAAGGUACCAGUUCUGCGACAAACGAAUUAAAAAUUUGUUGCGGAAGAUUCAUGCUGAUAAAGACAAAGUGGAAAAGAACCAGGGAGAGCCUUCCAAGAUUGUGAAAGUCCACGCUUCGCUGCUCCUGAAGGAUUCGCUGGAGGUGAACUUGAACAAUGCGACCAGAGUUGCUGAUGUCUUGAGGCAGUUUCAAAAGAACCUGUGCCAGAAUGGGUGGAAUAUUGUGAACACUGUCAACCUCCUCAAGUGUAACAACUCAACGGAGUGCACAAACUUGCUCCUGUAUGAAGUGGGAGGCAAUAUUGGUGAACAUUGCCUGGACCCAGACACUUACCUCUUGGACUUGUACCACAUCAACCCCCACGCUGAGUGGAUAAUUAAGCAAAACCCAUCUUAUCCUUGGAUGUUCUAAGGAAAACAUGAGCAAAGUGAAGCAUUUGGCUGAAGUUUUUGGAAGGCAUGGAGAAGCUAUAGCGACGUUCCUGGUGCAGC